AUGACAACACCAGUGUAUUGGCACACUGUUCUAACAUUGAUGUCACCACUAGUGUAUUGGCACACUGUUCUAACAUUGAUGACAACACCAGUGUAUUGGCACACUGUUCUGAACAUUGAUGACAACACCAGUGUAUUGGCACACUGUUCUAACAUUGAUGUCACCACCAGUGUAUUGGCACACUGUUCUGACAUUGAUGACAACACCAGUGUAUUGGCACACUGUUCUAACAUUGAUGUCAUCACCAGUGUAUUGGCACACUGUUCUAACAUUGAUGACAACACCAGUGUAUUGGCACACUGUUCUAACAUUGAUGUCACCACCAGUGUAUUGGCACACUGUUCUAACAUUGAUGUCACCACCAGUGUAUUGGCACACUGUUCUAACAUUGAUGUUACCACCAGUGUAUUGGCACACUGUUCUAACAUUGAUGUUACCACCGGUGUAUUGGCACACUGUUCUAACAUUGAUGUCACCACCAGUGUAUUGGCACACUGUUCUAACAUUGAUGUUACCACCAGUGUAUUGGCACACUGUUCUAACAUUGAUGUCACCACCGGUGUAUUGGCACACUGUUCUAACAUUGAUGACAACACCAGUGUAUUGGCACACUGUUCUAACAUUGAUGUCACCACCAGUGUAUUGGCACACUGUUCUGACAUUGAUGUCACCACCAGUGUAUUGGCACACUGUUCUAACAUUGAUGUUACCACCGGUGUAUUGGCACACUGUUCAAGCAGCUCAGGUAAAUUUGCAGUCCAGUAA